AUUAUAAAAGCGCUUUCUCCCUCUUCUCUUUUUAUUUAUCUCCCCCAAAUCAGAUUUUUCCUCUCCCAAAUCUUAUUCUCCCCUUCUCCCAAAUCUUCUUUCCCCCUUCUCCCGUUCGUGUUAGUUCAAUUUUAUUUUGCCCAAAUCAGUAUUUUUCUCUCCUCUUCGCUCUCCUUUCCUUCCCUUCAAUCGGUAGCUUCAGAAAUAGGGUUGACGCUAUAAAAUAGGGUUAACCCUGUCCGUCUUUUAAUCGUUCCUCAAUACCCUCCACUUCCAUCGGAAUUACGGUUCACACACGCUAAGAAUCCCUGCUGCAGAUCCUCAACUCUGCAAACCUACUCUACUCUAAUGAUGACGGUUGCUCAAAACGACCGCUAUUAUGCAUUGGCGUAUUUUAAGGCAGUAAAAGUUGCAUUUCAAUAUAACAGGACAAAGUGCGACCAGUUCUUAAAACUCUUAAAGCUUCUCCAAUCUGGAAGAAAUUGUAGUUAUACACAUCCUAAAAAGUAUGACCACUUUUUAAACUUUAUCAAAGCAAGAGUUAAGAAGCUGCUUCGAGGGCAUACAAACUUAAUUUGGGAUUCAACACCUUCCUGCCAAAGGAACAUCAAAUCACACUUUAUUAGGGUUAUUAGGGUUUAAAGAUGCAUUAGCCUUUCGUAAGGCAGUCAAAGUUGCGUUUCAAGAUAAGAGGGAAAAUUAUAAUGACUUUUUAAAAGUCAUAAAAGAUUUCAAGGAUAAAGAAUUGAUAUAAGAGGUGUCGCUGCAAGAGUCAAGGAGCUGCUUAAAGGGCAUACAGAUCUAAUUUUGGGAUUCAACAUCUUCCUGCAAAAGGAAUAUUGAACCACACUUUGGACGACUGGGAAAAGGAUGAAAAAGGUAGAAGAGAACAAUGAACUUCCUUCGGAUGUGCUUGAUAUUAUUUUCAAAACCUUAGAUUUUGACGACCACUUUCAGUUUGCCGAUGUGUGCAAGAAUUGGAGGACUUUUCAUGAAAGCUGCUGGAGAAAUUUCUUGGCAUCCCAAGAACCAUUACUUCUUCAAAUUUCGUAUCAUGAUUGGGAAUCAUAUUCCUUUAUUAGCGUACCAGACCAAAAAGUUCAUCACUUGAAGAUGAUGAAGUACUUCCCACCAUCUACCUAUGUUACGUUUUCUAGCGGAUAUUUUAUCAUGGUGGGGUACUAUGUUAAUUCAUUUAUGCUAAUCAAUCCAUUUACAAGAAUAAAAAAGGUAAUCAAUGGCCCUACAUGUGAAAACUCUCUUUUUUUAACUACUCGUGCCUUACUUGCUUUUGGCAAAUGCUCUGAGGAAUUUGUCUUGGUUGUUUUAUGCAAACGUCGUUUGCAUGUCUAUCAAUCUCAAAAUUGUGAUUGGGUUACUUAUUCAACAAUGGGAAACUCAGGGAGGGUUGUUGACUUUGUGGUUUUGCAUAAUAUAAUAUAUGUUAUCACUAACAUGGCCUACAUAGGGGUAAUCAACUUGAAUUCAGCAAAUGUUAAAUUUCUAAAGCUGAAGAGUACUCCAAAUGUAAACUUUUCCUCAUGCCUUAAGUUGGUAAAUUGUAAUGAGCAACUUUUAGUGGUUGAUUUUAUGCCCAAGGAAAUAAGGAAUGUGUACAAGAUCGACUUCUCAACCAUGAAUUAUGUGAAAUUGGAAACUUUGGGCGACAUUGCAUUAUUUUGUGGUUCGAAUGGUUUGAAGAGAAAUUGUUAUGCAUUGAGCAACCCAAACAAGUGGGGAUAUGAAAGCAACUCUGUGUAUGUCAUCAGUCUUUUAUCUACAAUAUGUAGUGUGUAUUCUGGGGAUGAUAAACAAUUGCAAAAAUGCAUUACGCUUCCAGCUCCAGAUGCAACAAGGUGCUUGAUGGUAGAUUGGUGUUUUAGACAUCUACAAUAUGAAGUAGAUUAUUCUCUAGUUGAGUAAUUUGCAUAUUGUACUUACUUGUGGUAAGCGUUGCACUAGUAACUUUAUUUUUGUUUGGCUAUCACAAAUAAUAUGUUGGUAGCCAUAUUUAUUAAAUAUAUUUUUUAUGGUUUAAAUGUGGUACAUCGAUUUUGCACAACUUGCGAUAUAAAAA